CGCUCCGCUGUGAGACGCACUGACACCUUAUUGUUCCGGGUCACAAGCCUCAAACACAAAGCUGACACCGGAAGAAGCUUUAGAAAAACCGAGCUCGUGGCAGCUGUAACCGGCGGCGGAAGGGCCAGAGAGAAGCGCAAUUGACGGAUAUUGUGUCCGCCGGGGGGCGGGGAGUAACUGCCACAGGGAAGUUGCUGUGACUUCGCUCACACUGCCGAACCUCUCAAUUCCGCCUAUCGGUGACUCCCUCGCGCUCGAAGCCGGAUGCUGAUUGGCUGCUGUGGGUGACAGUGGGUUCGGUUGCGCAGAUGGACUCAGGCCCUUCAUGGCGAGGGUUGGUCAUUCCCAGUAAGACACUCGGGAGCGUCACAUCCGGGGACUGAGUAACCCAGGCCGGGGAGUGUGGGCCUAGCACCGGCCUCUCGCUACCGAAGCGCCUAACGCUUGGGAAGGUACGUGCGACAGAUUUGCCGUGGGACAGGGGUGCAGUUCUUCUACGUUCCUGAAGCUACACCCCAGGGACCAUGUCAGAAGGUGAAGGCAAAACUGCCCCCAACACAGGGUCCGACCCCAAGAUGGAAAGUGGGGUCUCUAUGUCCCCACCUGUUAGUGCACCCCCACAGGAGGAGGAAGAGGAGGAGAGUGAAGAUGAGUCCGAUAUCCUGGAGGAGUCUCCUUGUGGCCGCUGGCAAAAGAGACGUGAGGAGGUGAACCAGAGGAAUGUGCCAGGCAUAGACUGUGCUUACCUUGCAAUGGACACUGAGGAAGGAGUGGAGGUUGUCUGGAACGAGGUGCAGUUCUCUGAACGGAAGAACUUUAAAAUGCAGGAGGAAAAAGUGAAAGCCGUGUUCGAUAACCUUAUCCAGCUGGAGCAUGUUAACAUUGUCAAGUUCCACAAGUACUGGGCUGAUGUGAAGGAGAACCGAGCCCGGGUGAUCUUCAUCACAGAGUACAUGUCAUCGGGGAGUCUCAAGCAGUUCCUCAAGAAGACAAAGAAAAACCACAAAAUGAUGAAUGAAAAGGCCUGGAAGAGGUGGUGCACACAGAUUCUCUCCGCUCUCAGUUACCUGCACUCCUGUGACCCACCAAUAAUCCAUGGAAAUCUCACUUGUGACACAAUCUUUAUUCAACACAACGGACUUAUCAAGAUUGGAUCUGUCUUUCAUAGGAUUUUUGCUAAUGUUGCACCGGACACCAUUAACAACCAUGUGAAGACCUGUCGGGAGGAGCAGAAGAACUUGCACUUCUUUGCUCCAGAGUACGGAGAAGUAACUAACGUGACAACUGCGGUGGACAUUUACUCGUUUGGGAUGUGUGCGCUGGAGAUGGCAGUGCUGGAGAUCCAAGGAAACGGAGAGUCCUCGUAUGUUCCCCAGGAGUCUAUAAAUAACGCCAUACAAUUCCUGGAAGAUCCAUUGCAGAGGGAAUUCAUCCAGACGUGCCUUGAAAUGGACCCAAGCAAACGCCCUACAGCUCAUGAGUUGCUGUUCCACCCGGCCCUGUUUGAGGUGCCGUCUCUGAAAUUGCUGGCAGCGCACUGCAUUGUGGGUCACCAACAUAUGAUCGCAGAAAACGCCUUAGAAGAAAUGACUAAAAACCUGGACAUGAGCGCUGUCCUUGCUGAGAUCACACACACAGACCGUGACGGAGUGCGGAUGAUAUUCUCCCAGUCUCCAGCGCUGGAGCUUGACAAGUUCCUGGAAGAUGUCAGAAAUGGAAUUUACCCCCUGACAGCAUUCAGGAUGCCCCGACCUCAGCAGCCCCAGCAGGAAGUGGUGAAAUCUCCUGUGGUUCCUCCAUCCGUAAAGACCCCGACCCCCGAGCCAGCUGAGGUGGAGACGCGCAAGGUGGUGCAGAUGCAGUGUAACAUUGAGUCUGUGGAUGAGGGAGCCAAGCAUCAUCUGACAUUGUUACUGAAACUGGAAGAUAAACUGAACAGACAUCUAAGCUGUGAUCUCCUGCCCAAUGAGAAUAUUCAGGAGCUGGCGGCAGAGCUGGUACAGUUGGGCUUUGUCAGUGAGUGUGACCAGAGCCGACUCAUCUGUUUACUUGAAGACGCAUUUAACAAGUUCUACUUUAGUCGCAAUGGAAACAUGGCGGCCGUCACUGUAUCAUCAUAACUGGAACAAUGGCCUUUAAUUCCAUGUCAGGAGGCAGCCCCCCAUCACAUCAUUCUGUUACAAUGUUCCUCCUGCUGCGCCGGGGGUGGGAGGAGCCGUGUGGACCCCCAGCCUCUGCUUUGCAUUCCCUCCUGUGCUGGGGGGCUGCCUGUACCCCAAUACAACCACACAGUGCAACUGCCCAAUAAGAGUUACACCCCCUUAUGGGCUGGUAAGAGACUGCUCAUGUCCUUAUUGCAGGAGAGAGAGGUCUGUCCAUUGCAUGAGUUUACAAUGAAACUCCCUGCAGCUGCCCUUGCACCCUGGUUAUAACUCCCUGCAUCCCCUGGCACCCAUAGGGCAUCACUUGUGCAACAUUCUAAUCUCUCUAAUGAGUCCCAUCCAGUUCCUUCAUCCAUGCUGUGUCUCCUACCCCUUCCAACUGAGCCUGCGGGGAGUUACUGAGCCUGGGGGAGGGGCACUUGCUGUAUAGUGAUGUUCUCUGUGCUCUGCCUUUCCCUGGCACUACUAUACAUGGCACUAGCCACACACAUGCCACCUCUCUGACAUUCUGGAGCUGCUCGUAGCCAAUUACAGACAAGUACAAGUUGCACACGUGUGACCCCCCCGUCCCAUUGGGCAGAAGAGAGCCCACUGUACCCGGCAAGUAGCCCCACUCAUUUGUUUAUGGUUUACUAGCAAUGUCACUGGCAGACUGGCCUAUAGAGUGUCACUGAUGUGUCCUAGCGUUUACUCUGCAGGGGGCCACACACAGGAAGGUCCCAGUCAUAUGGGGGCCCCUCUCCUCUUGUCACAUGUUUAUUUGUAACAAAUAUUUGACUUUAUUUUCUCUGUAAAUAAAACUUGGUUUGUUGUAUUAAACUCUCA